UGCACUUUUUGAUUAGUUGCACCUUGAUUAGUUGGUUAACGAAUCGCGUUUGGUUUGGAUCAAUCGUUCGAAGUAUCAUCCCCAUCGCCUCGUGAAGAUUGCUUACGUCAACCAUGGCUUCGGCUUCGAUUUCAAUGAGAAAAGUAGUAAGUCCUAGGAACAUUGCCAGUGCCAGUGCUUUUGUGUCGCCGUCACCAACUGUGAACAAUUCCUUGGGUGUCGUACUUCGACGUGCUCAAGGAGGAUCAAGGAGUCCACAAUCACUGUCAUUGAAAAGCUCUCCAUCUUUAAGCCCAUAUGUGGCUCGUGUUUUAACUCCAAGCUCUCAAGCCAAGAGUCCUUUAGCUGAAUCAACUUCUAACAUCACCAAGAAAUUCAAAAGUGUCCGUAAAUUGCCUUGGAGUGAUGGAGGUGAAGCAUCAUUGGGAGUCCAUACAUUUGCUCAAUCAGUGGGGAGACAUGUAGAUGUUCUGGAAAGCAUUGAUGAAUGCAGACGUACUUGUCUUUCUUUUGACACUCCUGACAGAACUGAUUCGUUGAUUAGGUAUAAGCAAAAGAACUGUGGCAUUUUUCUUCUUGGCAAGGGAAGUUUUGGAACUGUCGUGGAAGCAUUAUAUAAAGGGAAAACUGUUGCUGUGAAGAUUGUUGAACCAAACACUGGUUCAAUGCGGCAAAUUAGGAAUGAAAUGAACUGCUUAAACUUACACCACCCUAAUAUUGUUUCCAUGUUGAAAGUUGUACUGCCUGAUAAUGACAUUGCGGGGGUUGUCAUUAUGGAGAGAGUUUGUGGUUGUACACUUCAGAAACUUCUUGACCAUGAUUUUCUGAAAGACCAACUAUCAAAGAGAAGAAGUUACAGUGUACAGUUAAGUUCAGCUUUGAAAUAUUGCCAUGAACAUGGAGUUCUUCAUCUUGAUAUCAAACCUCAAAAUGUGAUAGUAGAAAAUUUCAUGGACAAUUGUAAGUUGUGUGAUUUUGGUUGCUCCUCACUCAUAGGAGCAGAAAGACAAUACCUGCAGGGAACAGUAGGAUACGCUGCUCCUGAGGUGUUACAGGGAAUUAAACCAACAGCUGCUGCUGAUGUCUAUUCCCUUGGUAUAACCAUGUGGCAGCUUAUUUCCGGGACAUCGCCUUAUAAGGGUCACCGGGAGCACACAGUAAUCUACAAACCUAUUUCUCUUCUGUGGAGGUGGUUACUGAUGAGUAUCGUCCCGAACUUCCACCUGCUUCCUGCCCAGAGGAUGAGAGAUUUUUAUCAUUAAUUCAGAGGUGUUGGUCACAGCAACCACAAUGUCGACCUACAGUUCAACAGGUAUUGGAAGAAUUAGAACAAAUCCAAUGCUCAUGAAUCAGUUGGCCCUUUUGCAUCUGUACUAGUCAUUUAUGUGAAAGUGAGUUUUUAACGCUCUUGUUAUAUUUAUGUAUAUAGUGAAUAUUCAAGCUUUUAUUUUUGUUAUUUGAAAUAAUUUUUAAAAUGUUGUUGAAGUUGUAGAUUGCCUUAGCAUCCAAUUGAAAAAUAAAAUUGCCAUGCAAAUGAAAUUUUAA